CCUUUAUAACCGUCACCCCACCCCCCACAAUACUCGACCGCUGCAUACGAGGUCGCCAGGAUGGAGAAGGUUACGGAUAAGAUUGCCGCCCUGCCCAGCGAUGCCCACUACUUCUCGCUGGAGUUCUUUCCGCCGAAAACGCCCAUGGGUUUCGCAAACCUCCAGAACCGACUGGAGCGCAUGUCCCGGGCGCUGCGUCCGCUCUUCGUGACGGUAACGUGGGGUGCCGGCGGUUCCACAGCCACCAAGUCUCUCGAGCUCGCUGAGAUCUGCCAGCGCCAAUUGGGCCUCACGACAUGUCUGCAUUUGACCUGCACGAACAUGAGCCGCUCGCUCGUCGAUGACGCGUUGGAACAGGCAAAGGCUCUGGGUAUACGCAAUAUUCUAGCGUUGCGGGGAGACGCGCCAAGGAGCGAGGAAUACCGCAACGAGGAGAAGCCGGAGGAGGAGGACUCGAACAAUGACUUCACCUGGGCUAUAGAUCUCGUGCGCUAUAUCCGCAAGCAAUAUGGAGAUUACUUCUGCAUUGGCGUGGCUGCAUAUCCCGAAGGCCACUCCGAUCAGUCACAUCCGCAAGACCAGGAUCCCCUCUUCGACCUACCUUACCUGGUGGAAAAAACAAAGGCGGGCGCGGACUUCAUAAUGACACAGCUGUUCUUCGAUGUCGAGGCGUUCGACAGGUUUGAGAAGCUUCUGAGAGAGCAUGAGUCCGGAGUCUUCAAGACAAUACCCAUAAUACCCGGUUUGAUGCCGAUACAGAGCUACCAGAUCUUACGGAGAGUCACAAAGUUGAGCCACGCUAAACUGCCCUCGGAUCUGCUCACUCGACUAGAUGCCGUAAAAGGCGACGACGAACUGGUCAAGCAGGUCGGGGUGGACAUCUUGAGCGAAGUAAUAGAUCACGUCAAAGCAUCCCCAAGCCCGGUAAGGCGAGGCUUUCAUUUCUACACCUUGAAUCUGGAGAAGGCGGUGGCACAUAUCCUGGAACGGUGUCACCUCAUACCUCCAAUACAGCCAGAUGAGGACGAAGAAGCUGUGGUUGUGGAUUUGUCGAAAGACUUCGUGCCUCCUGAGACUGCGCUGCAAUCGAAGGACCGACGAAGGUUAUCUUCUGUCAAUUCUGGGCCCCGUAAUCGCGUAGUCGUCGAGAGGCACACUAGGUCAAGUAAUACCAGCUUUGAAGCACGAGAAGACGAAGCGGGUAUACCAAGGGACGCCAUCAACACAAGAGCAAAUACUCUUGCGAUCUCAGAAGGGGAGGGUUCUUUAGGACGCGAAGCUACUUGGGAUGAUUUCCCGAACGGACGAUGGGGUGAUGCAAGAUCGCCAGCAUUCGGUGAGAUCGAUGGAUAUGGUCCUAGUCUUCACCUCCCCACACCUCAGGCCUUGAAGCUAUGGGGUCACCCAGUCACCGUUGAGGAUGUAUCGAAUUUAUUCCGACGCCACAUAUCCGGCGAGUUAGACGCCCUACCUUGGAGUGAAGAGGGGUUGAAUCCUGAAACCAACAUUAUUCGUGACGAACUACUCCGCCUGAACGGCAAGGGUUGGUGGAGCGUGGCUAGUCAGCCCGCAGUAAACGGUGUCAAGAGCACCGAUCCUAUCUUUGGGUGGGGACCGAAAAACGGCUUCGUCUUCCAAAAACCCUUUGUCGAGCUAUUCAUCCCGUCAGCGGACUGGCUCAAGCUACAAGCGCGCUUAGAUCAGACUGACCAGAUGACCUACUUUGCAGGAAACAAAGCAGGUCACUUCUCGGCGUCUAACGAAGAAUCAGUGAAUCCCGUCACAUGGGGCACAUUCGCUGGGAAGGAGAUCAUCACCCCGACAAUCGUCGAGUCCGUUUCUUUCCGCGCCUGGCUGGAAGAAGCAUUCAGCAUCUGGGCCGAGUGGCGGCGCAUAUACCCGGCCCGAUCUGCGACGUCGAAGCUGCUAGGUGGCAUCAUGAACGACUACUGGCUUGUCAAUAUCAUCCACCACGGCUAUCUGGAGAAGGGUGCGCUUUGGGAUUUCCUCACUGAAGGCUAGGCGCGACUAUAGUAUGCUAGUGUAGAUUUCCCCGGUUGCACCCUAAUUCUAGGUUGCUUAGUUCAAUAGCUCGAGGCUAUACCAGUACAAAGUAUGAUAGGCAGUAGAUGACUUGAGGGUGGCUGAACAUGUGUCUAAUAUUACCUCUUACUUGAAAAUCACUAGGACUUUAUGCGCUAAUUAUAUGUAUGUUUCCAAAUCUAGCUGUGGUACGAUGGACUACAAUAGAAACAAUUGGUCUGGGUACCCACUC